AUGGUGUUACUUCUUUAUGUUGAUGAUAUUCUAUUAACUGGUACUUCAGAUUCAUUGCUUGAUCAUCUAGUACAUUUUUUGAGUUCUCAAUUUGCAAUGAAACAAUUGGGAGAUCUGAAUUAUUUUUUAGGUAUAGAAGCAAGUAGGACUUCAACUAAGGUUUUAUUGACACAAAAGAAAUACACUCUAGAGUUACUUCAUCAUGCUCAUAUGACAGAAUGUAGUCCUUGUAGUACUCCUGUGGCUAAAGGACCUAGAGUAUCUAUCAGUGACGGUACUUUAUUACAAGAUGUGUCAGCUUAUAGGACUAUUGUUGGAAAGUUACAGUAUCUGUGUUUAACCAGGCCUGAUAUAUGUUUUAGUGUUAAUUAUGUGAGCCAAUUUAUGCAUGCUCCAACAGAUGUUCAUCUGUCAUUGGUAAAAAGACUUCAAAGGUACUUAAAGGAAACUAUUGGUUGUGGUAUUACUCUCAGAAAGGGUGACAUUAAAGAGUUAAGGGCUUAUAUUAAUUCUGACUGGGGAAGCUGUCCUGAGACUGCUAGAUCCACUUGUGGUUAUGCUAUAUUUUUAGGGGAUUCUUUAAUUUCUUGGUCUAGUAAAAAGCAGCAAACUGUAUCAAGGUCUACUGCUGAAGCUGAAUAUGAAAGUUUAUCUGUGGCCACAGCUGAGUUAGAGUGGUUGUCUUCAUUAUUAUCUGAACUUCAUAUAAGUUUGAAAUUACCCAUUACACUUUACUGUGAUAAUAUCAGUGCAAUUUAUUUAACUGCUAAUCCAAUUUCUCACUCCAGGGCCAAGCAUAUAAAAAUACAUUUUCAUGUGGUCACAGAGUUGGUGGCUAGUGGUUGA